CAGCGACAGCGUCCUUCCUCCACCGUCCACCUUCCCGCGCGGAUUCUCUGGGCCCGUGCAGCGUGGUGUUGCAACGGGAAAGAAACUUUCGCUAUGUGGUCUCCGGCGUUUUGAUGUUGACCACAUAAGGUUGCUGACUAAGUGAGGGCGGAAGACUUGGCUGGCUUGGCAAUCCACAGCGAAUCUCCUAAUCCUGCUGCACCAACUCGUUCCGAUGCAACCGCCAGGUCCUCGCGCUGCAGUCUCCCAGAAACCCCUCUGCGCCGAGUCUAUAUUCCUCUAAUUGCUGUGGCUUGAAGCAGGGGCCGCCCUGUCAUCUCACGAUAAUCCAGAUACAGAUACACGCAGACGCGCUGGACGAGCAGACGUUCGUCCAUGGACCGCCGCUGCUUAUUUUUAUCCUGUCUGCUGGGAUCCGUUCUCGCACAGAGCGAUAGCACUGAUGAUGGGGCCAUCAGCGAUCCCAUCUCCCAAUAUCGCCCUGUCUUCGCCCGCUCUCUCCCCGUGCAGCUUCUUUUGAACGGCAUCGUGCUCACCCUUAUGGCCGUCCUCCUCCUCCAGCUCCUCUUCACCUCACAGUACCACGUCCGCCUCGCCCCCGUCAACUUCUCCCUCCAGAUCUCCGCCGUCUGUACCCUCCUCGUCAGCGCCAUAUCCAGCAUCCAGGUCAUCUUCGCCACGCUCGACCAGGAGAGCAAGAUCUGGCCGUACAUGCUGAACUAUGUCGCCGUCGAGGUCCCCCCAGACGGCGGCAGCGACGGCUGGUCGACUGCCGAGAUCGCCGCGUGGCUGCUCAUGACCGCAACGACCGGCAUGCUCAUUCAGAUCACACACAUCCAGUUCCUCACGCUACUCUUCCCGUCCAAGCUCGAACGGCGGCUGAUUUUCUGUCUCCUCUUCCCACUCUCGGUCAUAUCCGCCGCGAUGCAGAUGCUGCGCAUUCGCCAAGAACCCCACAUCGAGCGACUCGCAGUAUACGUGCAGAACAUAUGCAACGCCGCGCUCUCUCUCCUCUUCACCGUCUCGCUCCUCGGAUGGGGCCUGCUCCUCAACCGCAAGAACGCCUGGCGCACAGAUGGCGGCACCGCGGCCUUUGGCGCCGGCGCGCUCCUCCUCGCACCUAUGAGCACCGUCAUCUCGCUCGUGUACAUCGCCAAGGGCGACCAGCUUUCGUGGAUGAAGCCGCUCAUGUGGAGCGUCAUCCUCUGGCAGAGCUUCCUCGGCUGGUGGUGGUGGGUCGGCGCGGGCAUGGGCGUCGGCGAGCUCGACGAGCUGCUGAGCCGCGAGGAGAAGAAGCAGCAGAAACGGCUCCGCCGCUCGCAGCGCCGCAGGGCACAGCGCCAGCGCGCAGAGACGCUCUGGAAGGGCGUCACGGGCGCGUUUGGGAUCAAUAAGGGUGCGCCCGCGGCGGUGGCCGAGGACGCGCGCUCGACGCAGAGCGGAGGCACGUGGCGCGUGGUGCGCGGUGCGCGGAGCCUGGUGACGUUCAUGCGGCGCGAGCAUCUUGCGGCUGCGCGUGCGCAGGCGGCGGAGUGGGUUGAGCGGGUGAAUGAGGUGUAUGGGCGGGAGAGGGAGGGCGGCGAGGGCGAGGGACGCGGGUGGAGUUUGGGACAGUAUGGGACGCGGCGGGUGUUGGAUGUGGAGAAUGAGACGGUGGUGGAUUCGGAUGGGAGUGGGGAGGCGGAUGGGGAUGGGGAUGCAGAUGGGGAGGUGGACAAGGCGGAGAAGGGAGUGGAGGGGGUGGAGGGCGAGGAGGCGGAGGAUGGGGUGCACCGCGUCCGGAGGCGGAAUUGGAGGAAAGAGAAUGUGGAUUCGCGUGAUGCACGGGAGAGGAGACGGAGAGAGAUGGAGGAGCACCAGCAGGCGACGUCGUUGUGGUGGUGGGGCCCAUUGCGCCGGUGGCGACUGCAGGAUACGACCGAGUAUUGAGCUCAUCGUCCGACUCUUGGGAUGCUAUGUGUUGUACUAGUAGGCUAAAACCACGCAGAAUAUUGUACUCAAAUACCAGUAUUUGCUCCCUCCCUAGUGCAUUUCCCCGUCACUCGCAGUGGUGGGUUUUCCGCGUGGCACGAUGCAGCCAAGCUGUAAUAAAUGUACAUAGCAACUUGGCUAAGAGCAUGCAGC